AUGGUAUCAUGGGGGACCAUCAAGUCGGUCCUUAUGUUCUUUGGGCCUAUGCUCCUACCCAAGGCCAUCGGAUACUACCGAUCGUUCCGAGAAAACGCGAAGAAACCAGGACGGCCGAUUCGACCGGUGCCUCCUGCCGUGUCUAGAGCGCUAGGAAUUCUCUUCGUCAUAGCCGUCAUCCUACUCAUCGCGACACUCCCGAUGUUCUCGGAGGAGAACAUCUUCUCAAAGACACAAUCCCGCAUACAGAUACCCCUGGACGUACUGUUAACACGCCUCACAGCCAUACGACCGAAUGGCCUGACCGAACUGGACCUCCGGUUGCGCGAGAAACUCGUUUCUCUCGAGUCGAAACUCCUCUACCUCAAAUUCGGCCCCGAUGCUAUAGGCAACUGCCUGUUUUGCAAGGCGGACGAUCAUAAAAGUUUUUACUACUAUACCAUGUCAUCCGUGCUCACACCGCAUGUCUUCAACCUCGCUGUGCUGGCAGCAGCUACCUCGGGGAUGUUUGUUGGCGAGGAAGGCACAAUGUGGAGGCGGUUUGCUACGAUUUGCUCGGUCAUUAUCGCUGUGGUGGAUAUGUCAUACCUCUCCAAGUACGACCACAAGUUGAACGCGAAGGCGACACGUUUGGAAGACCUGGAUAUGUUCUUCUGGAGGACCCACACAUACCGCUACAUUGCUCUCGCCGGCCUCGACGGCCUAAUAGGCUGGCUGCUAUACCUCUCCUCCACGAACCGCGCAUUCGUCAUCCCCGUCUCCCCAGCCGAGAGCCUCGAGGCUGCGACGAAAGUUUUGGAUUCCGCGAGGUCCAAGAUGAGUGCUGCGGCUGUGUUGUUGAACACGGUCAACAGGGACGAGGGCCUGCGCGGGAGGGCCAACGGGUACUGGGUGAAUGAGACCAGGGUGAUGAGCGAGAUUAUGGCGGAUAGGGAAGUGGUGGACAGUGUGAAUAACACGCUGCAGAGCCGAGUAAAUAUGGCGGCGAUAACGUCGGAUGCUGAUUCUUAUACGAAGAACAUGAUGGGGAGCUUCCAGUCGAUGGAAGCAGCGGCUUAG